AUGGAGCGGCGCACCAGCCUAAGUCACGACGUGGUUGAGAAGCAGGUAGGAGAUGUCUAUCCCGCUACGCAUUCCGUGCCCGCAGAAGACGCGCUCCUGGUAACAUGGGACAGCCCCUCGGACCCCCAGAACCCCAAGAACUGGCCCAAGGCCCGCAAGUGGUUCACCACGAUCCUGCUCUCGCUCGGCAGCCUCGUGACGCUGAUGUCCGGCGCGAUGCUUGCCCCGGCACUGGGCGACAUCUCGGCCUCGCUGCACCUCAGCCAGGCCGAGGCCCAGCUGUCCCUGUCAAUCUACGUGCUGGCGUUUGCGUUCGGCCCGCUGCUGCUGGGGCCGUGCUCCGAGAUCUUUGGCCGCAAGCCGGUCUGGGUGCUGAGCAGCGCUUGGUACGUGGUGUGGAAUCUGGGCUGUGGAUUUGCGAACGGCAAGGCGGCUAUGAUUGCUGGGAGGCUGUUCGCUGGGUUAGGGGCGAGCGCUGAUUUUGCGAUCUCAAACCCUGUGCUCGCCGAUUGUUUUCCGCCAGAUGAAAGGGGCCAGUCUUUCGCCAUCGCGAGCUUCAUCCCGCUGCUGGGUCCGGCUCUAGGGCCGAUCGUAGGAGGUGCCAUCACGGAGACUAUUGGCUGGCGGUGGCUCUUCUGGGUGCUUUCGGUAUUCGAAGGGCUCCUCGUCAUUCUGGCCAUCCUCCUCCUUCGUGAAAGCCACGCACCGACGAUCCUGAGACGAAAGGCCAAAGGUCUACGCAAAGCCACGGGGCGGGUUUAUUACACCGAGUUCGAUGUUGCGCGCCUUGGUCUGGGCGAAAGGCUUCGCAUUGGGCUUGUCCGGCCCUUUCACCUACUCGUGCAGGAGCCAAUCAUCCAGGUCAUGGCCGUUCUGCUGGCGUACAACUUCGGCGUGCUGUACAUUGUGCUGUCGACGUUUGCCGACCUGUGGAUCGACAUCUACCACGACUCGCCGGCUCUGAGCGGAGUCCGGUAUCUCGCGCUCGUUGUUGGAUACACCAUGGCUGCGCAGCUCGGCGGCCGCGUUACAGAUAGGGUAUGGAACCAUCUGAAACGAAAACGGAACGGUGAAGCAGCGCCAGAAUAUCGCGUUCCCCUCAUGCUUCCCGGCGUGAUUCUGAUUCCAGCAGGCCUCAUAUGGUACGGCUGGUCAGCCGAGAAGCACCUGCACUGGGCCAUGACGGAAGUCGGUGCCGCCAUCUUUGGCUGCGGCAUUAUCGUCGGCACGCAGGCCAUGCAAGCGUACGUGCUCGACUCGUUUGCCGAAUACUCGGCUUCUGCGCAGGCUGCUGCUCAGUUCCUGCGGAAUUGCUUUGCGUUUGUAUUUCCCAUCUUCGCGCCGGCCAUGUAUACAAGGCUCGGCUACGGCUGGGGCAACAGCUUGCUGGCUUUCCUCUUCCUCGCGAUAGGGGUGCCCGCGCCUGUCGUUCUGUGGAAGUACGGCGCCAAGUUGAGGGGGAUGGGUCGGCGCGGCAAUUGA